AUGUUGAGAUCUAAGUUUUUAGUCUUGAUCCUGAUCUUAUGUGUAAAAAAUAAUUUAUUUCUUUCAGUAUGUGGCCGAGCACCUUUAAACACCCGUGUUGUGGGUGGCAUUGAUGCCACUGCAGGGGCAUGGCCAUGGCAGGUUAGCUUACAAAGCACUGUUUAUGGUGGCCACUUCUGUGGAUGAUCCCUCAUCACCAAGCAAUGGGUUAUGACAGCAGCCCACUGUGUCUCCAGCAACGUUCCUGGCCUGGUUGUUUACUUGGGGAAACAGACAUUGCAGGGCACCAAUUCCUUUCAGGUCUCCAGAGGGGUUUCUAAGGUGUACAGUCACCCCAACUACAACAGAUAUACCAGUGACAACGACAUUGCCCUGCUGUAUUUAAGCUCCCCUGUUACCUUCACAGACUACAUAAGACCUGUGUGCCUGCCUACUCAGGACAGCAGUUUCCCUGGUGGCACCAUGUGCUGGAUCACAGGCUGGGGCAAGAUUCAAUCUGGGGUGUAUCUACCCUCUCCCGGGGUGUUGCAGGAGGCAGAAGUGCCUGUUGUAGAUAGAACUUUGUGUAAUAGUCUCCUGGGAUCUGGAUCAGUUACCCCAAACAUGAUCUGUGCUGCCUAUCUGCAAGGAGGCACGGACACCUGCCAGGGUGACUCUGGAGGUCCAAUGGUGAGCAAGCAGAAUUCAGUCUGGAUUCAGGCUGGUAUCACUAGCUGGGGUAUAGGCUGUGCUGAGCCCAACCUACCCGGAGUGUAUACUCUAGUGUCCCAGUACCAGAGCUGGAUUUCUGGUGUCAUCAAACGCAACCUACCUGGCUUUGUCAAAUAUAUUAUGGUGAGACUAAAGUUUCUGGUUUUGAUCCUGAUCUUUUGUGUAAAAGGUAAGAGAACUAUGAACUAUAAAUUUGUAUGUGGCUGAGCACCUUUAAACACCCGCAUUGUGGGUGGCACUAAUGCCACUGCAGGGUCAUGGCCAUGGCAGGUUAGCUUACAAAGAACUGUUUAUGGUGGCCACUUCUGUGGAGGAUCCCUCAUCACCAAGCAAUGGGUUAUGACAGCAGCCCACUGUGACUCCAGAAAUGUUCCUGGUCUGGUUGUUUACUUGGGGAAACAGACAUUGCAGGGCACAAAUUCUUUUCAGGUCUCCAGAGGGGUUUCUAAGGUGUAUCGCCACCCUGACUACAACAAAUUUACCAAUGACAACGACAUUGUCCUGCUGCGUUUAAGCUCCCCUGUUACCUUCACAGACUAAAGACCUGUGUGCCUGCCUACUCAGGACAGCAGUUUCCCUGGUGGCACCAUGUGCUGGAUCACAGGCUGGGGAAACAUUCAAUCUGGGGUGUAUCUACCCUCUCCCGGGGUGCUGCAGGAGGCAGAAGUGCCUGUUGUAGAUAGAACUUUGUGUAAUAGUCUCCUGGGAUCUGGAUCAGUUACCCCAAACAUGAUCUGUGCUGGCUAUCUGCAAGGAGGCAAUGACACCUGCCUGGGUGACUCUGGAGGUCCAAUGGUGAGCAAGCAGAAUUCAGUCUGGAUUCAGGCUGGUAUCACUAGCUGGGGUAUAGGCUGUGCUGAGCCCGACCUACCCGGAGUGUAUACACUGGUGUCCCAGUACCAGAGCUGGAUAACUGAUGUCAUUAAACGUGACCAGCCUGGCUUUGUCAAAUAUAUUAUGUUGAGUUCAAAGUUUUUGGUCCUGAUCCUGAUCCUGUGUGUAAAAGGAUCUCUGUCACAGCUGGAUGUAUGUGGCCGAGCACCUUUAAACACCCGCAUUGUGGGUGGCACCGAUGCCACUGCAGGGUCAUGGCCAUGGCAGGUUAGCUUACAAAGCACUGUUUAUGGUGGCCACUUCUGUGGAGGAUCCCUCAUCAAUAAGGAAUGGGUUAUGACAGCAGCCCACUGUGUCUCAAAAAAUGUUCCUGGCCUGGUUGUUUACUUGGGGAAACAGACAUUGCAGGGCACAAAUUCUUUUCAGGUCUCCAGAGGGGUUUCUAAGGUGUAUCGCCACCCCAACUACAACAGAUUUACCAAUGACAACGACAUUGUCCUGCUGCGUUUAAGCUCCCCUGUUACCUUCACAGACUACAUAAGACCUGUGUGCCUGCCUACUCAGGACAGCAGUUUCCCAGGUGGCACCAUGUGCUGGAUCACAGGCUGGGGAAACAUUCAAUCUGGGGUGUAUCUUCCCUCUCCCGGGGUGCUGCAGGAGGCAGAAGUGCCUGUUGUAGAUGAAACUUUGUGUAAUAGUCUCCUGGGAUCUGGAUCAAUUACCCCAAACAUGAUCUGUGCUGCCUAUCUCCAAGGAGGCACAGACACCUGCCAGGGUGACUCUGGAGGUCCAAUGGUGAGCAAGCAGAAUUCAGUCUGGAUUCAGGCUGGUAUCACUAGCUGGGGUAUAGGCUGUGCUGAGCCCAACCUACCCGGGGUGUAUACUCUGGUGUCCCAGUACCAGAGCUGGAUAACCACUGUCAUUAAACGUGACCAGCCUGGCUUUGUCAAAUAUACACCAACCUAA